AAAAACAGAAGGGCUGGGAACGUCUCUUAUCCACAACUCUGGCUCAUGGCCUCACCGGUUUUUCUAUCUGCUUAACGGCCAAAUUAUCAGAAAAAAUAUCAAAAAGUCAGUCACACUAAACAGUUCACUUCCGCAUUUAGUCGAACAAGUUUCGAGCAUAAAAUGGCAAUGACUUUCUCGCCGGCGGCUCAUGUUCGUUCGCUCUACCCACAACGACCUGCCAACAAGCCUAACUCUUCCAAACUCCUCCUUUCCCUUCGAGAUGGUUAUUCCACUUCAGCAAAUGUUGCUUCAUUGAGCGCGGCGUCGAAUUAUGUGAAAUUGCAAAUUUGUGCGAGGGAGCUUGCUAUGAAGCCUCUUGUCAAGCUAUCAGGGAAGCAGAGAACUGGAGUGUUUAGGUGUGCAACCAUAGAAGAAAUAGAAGCUGAAAAAUCUUUUAUUGAGGCAGAUGUUAAAGAAAGGAUGGAAAAGACUAUUGAGAAUGUUAAGUCCAAUUUCAACUCUAUAAGGACAGGGAGAGCUAACCCUGCAAUAUUGGAUAAAGUUGAGGUGGAGUAUUAUGGUACUCCAGUCAGCUUGAAGAGCAUAGCUCAAAUUAGCACUCCUGAUGCAAGUUCUCUCCUGGUACAGCCCUAUGACAAAUCCAGCCUAAAAGCUAUAGAGAAGGCCAUUGUCACCUCUGAUCUUGGUAUGACUCCUAAUUCUGAUGGAGAAGUGAUAAGAUUAGCUCUCCCUCAACUGACAGCUGAAAGGAGGAAGGAGUUGUCAAAAGUUGUGGCCAAGCAGGCUGAGGAAGGAAAGGUAGCUAUUAGGAAUAUAAGAAGGGAUGCCUUGAAAUCCUAUGAAAAACUUGAGAAGGAGAAAAAGCUAUCUGAGGACAAUGUAAAGGAUCUGUCUAGUGAUUUGCAGAAAGUGACUGAUGAGUACAUGAAGAAAAUUGAUAGUAUCUACAAGCAAAAGGAGAAGGAGUUGUUGACAGUUUAGAAGCCGGUUUUGUACAAGAUGUAAAUUGAGUUCUGCUGCAAAUGUACUUUUCCCGAUAUCUGAGUGCAUGUUGAGUAAUUGAGCGUGUUUGUGUUUCAAAUUGAUAAAUUUGUACACUUGUUUUCAAAAUUUUAAUGAUAAAGGGGGGCGUGUGGUUCAAAUA